CCCUAUGAACUCUGAAGACAAACAGCAAAAAGAGUGAAAAAGCACCAAGGAGAAGACGAAAGCAGAACAGAUAAAGAGAAGGAAAGAGAGGAAGAAACGAAUGAAAAAGACAUGACCACAGAAGCAAAUCAAAGUACAGGAAAAAGAGUGGAGGAUGCAAAACCCAGCCAAGCUCAGUGGAAGCAAUUUCAGUGCCCCAUAGCUGAUCCACGCUUUCCCCGGGACAAUUUAAAGCAGAUAUGGAAGGAAUGUCAGAAUGAGAGCUUCUGGUAUCGAGCUCUUCCACUCGCUGUUGGGAGCAUGACUGUGACAGGUGGCCUCAUGUACAAUGGUGUCUGGAAACAGUCUAAGCGAUUUGGGUAUUUUCCAAAACUGAUUUUGGCAGGCAUUGUAGGUUAUGCAGUAGGCAAAGCUUCCUAUGUUGGGACUUGCAGAGAAAAGUUCAAUAAACUGGAACCAGAGUUCACUAAAGCAUUUGGUCCAGGUUUUGGGCCUCCUGGAUUUGGAGCCAGUGGACCUGGGCAUAGACACUGCAUCCAUGUGUGUGAAAAGUGCAAGCAACAGGAAGCACAAGCUGCAACAACAGCCCCUGAUACUCAGAGCUGAGGGUCUUUAGAAUCAGGACGUUUCAUUACUCCACAUACUUAUGCCAUACUUACGUUUUUGUAAAGUGACAUUUUUAAUAAAAAUAAAUGAAAUCUGAAAUGUUUAGCUCCUUUGGAAAUUAUGCAACAAAAGAAGUUGUAGUCAUAUUAAAUGGACCUUUGAAAGAAACUAACCACCAGGGGGCACCAAUACACUACAAGACACAGCAGCUAUGCUACAUGGACAUAUUAGGCAACCUUUGCAAUUAGAGCAAAAUGCUGCUUCUAUUGAAAUGCCUGGAAACAAAUUAUACAUUGGGAAGGAUGGAACCAUAUGUGUGUCAAAUACCAGUGAUAUUUAAGCAGUAUACAAUAUUACUGAAUAGGCUGGAUUUAAAAGAGCAAUAUAACAACACAAUACACUGAGGACCCUGUUAGAUUACACAAACUGUCCCAUGUGACCCACAAGCACAAUGUUAAAUCUGGUGUAAAUGUUAUAUAACAAUGAUGUUACAACAUUGUCUCUUGUCUAUAAUGUAGAGAGGGAGUGAUUGUUUUGUAUAAAUCUUAUGAUUAAUCAGUUGCCUUUUAUUACAGGUGUUUCAUAAUUUUUUUUUUUAAAUAAUUGUUACAAACCACCCAGCUCAAGGCAGAGUAACAUGAAGGGGAGGCCACAGGAGGAUUAGAUUUAAACAAAUAGAAAAUAUAUAUAAAUAUAUUAAAGUCAAUGUAAGAAAAUCUAAAUACGUAACAAUAAAAACAAAGAACAACAAAUCAGAAAAAUCUACAGAAACAAAUCAUAGUGCUGGUGAGGGGAGGCAAACACACUGAGGAGAAGGACCUUUUUAAGAGCUGCUCAUUCCAGCACUCAUCUCAGAUAAUUCAGAACACCUACUCCUAAACUCCACCCUGGAAAAGACAAGGUCAU